UAUUGAAUUGUCUAAAAUCUUGAAUGUGCUACAUAUUCAAGGGAGUUUUACAUGAAUUUUUAUGCAUAUGGUUUUGUUUAUACCGUAAAGUGUUCAGUAAUUUUGUAUCAAAGAAGGAAAAAAAAUAGAUUUUAACAUUACCAAUCACAAUAUUCGAAAGUGGUAGCAUGAAUCCGUGUUCUGAUGCUGCUCCUCAACAUGAUAAUGAGGGUGAUGGUCGUUGGAAUAGCAUUCACAAUCGGUUUCUGUCUGAUGCUAAGGGGAAAGAAGCUGAUGUAGUAUUUAUAGGUGAUUCCAUAUUACAAGCAUUGGAACACACUGAAGUAUGGAACCAAUGGUUUGCUCCUCUCCAUUGCCUCAAUUUUAGUAUCCAUAGAGAUCAAACUCAGAAUGUUUUAUGGCGUAUUAAAAAUGGGGAGCUUGAUCAUGUUGAUCCAAAGGUUGUAGUAUUGCAUGUUGGCACAAACAAUGUUGAUCAUUCUGCUGAACAGAUCUGCGAAGGUAUCCUUGAAAUUGUGAGAAUAAUCCGGGAGAAACAUCCAAACUCAUACAUUGUCCUACCAAGUCUGUUACCUCGUGGACAACAUCCUAAUUGUUUACGAGAAAAGAAUUCCAAAAUCAAUCAACUGUUACGCGAGAAAGUUGUGAAUAUGAAUAAAGUGGAAAUGGUUUUUAUUGAUAAAGGUUUUAUUCAAAGUGAUGGGACUAUAAGCCAUCAUGAUAUGCAUGACUAUUUAAUACCAACAAACACAGCUUGUCGGAAGGCAUUUGAGCCAAUUUAUGAUCUGCUUCAACAAAUUUUAUCAGAGAGUGAGACGGAGAAAGAUUUAACACCUUCGGAAUAAUCAACAGAUCUCUGUUCUUUUUUUAUUAAGCUCAUUGUGAUGGUAUUGUAGUACUUACUUUUAGCUUUUUUUACCUUAAGCAUAAGCGUCUAAUGAACUUAAGUUGUAAUCUUGCAUUAACUUAAACAUUCCAAAUUUAAUAUUUAUUGAAAGUUAACAACAAAGAUAUAAAUAUAUUCAAUUGAAACUCAACAUAGUCUGGGACAUAUUUUUACGAUAUAAAAUCAUGUUCUUUAGAAAACAUAUCUACCCCUUUUCAAUGUGCUGCAUCUAUUAUAUUUCAUUUAAUAUAUAUUUAUAUCUUUGGUCAACUUAUUAUUUGGCUGUGUCCCAAUAAUUAUUAAGAUGUGCUUAAAAGUGAACUGAAGACUUUUUGUUAAUAAUCUUGUAAAAAAAAUAGAUGGAGCUUUCCGUUUUAAAGUUGAAGUAUUGAAAGUACUAUGAAUGUAUUAGCGAAAUUUCUAGGAAAAAGAUGGGAUCCACUCUUUUUAAAGGGAACAACUUUUUUAUACUACUGCUGUUAAUUCAGAUUAUCAUUUCUUUAAAUAGAAGGCUCCAUCCAUUUUAUUUUCAUAUCCAUUUGAUUUCAAUUUGCUCAUUAAAGUUAAGAAAUUAUUGCUUAAAUAUUUAGUAUUUAUUAUUUAAUGGUGCAACAUAUAGUGUUACUCAGCUUGUGUUAAGAAUUUUGCACAUCACAAUGAAAUUUGGUAUCGCCAAAGAUUUUUAUUAUAAUUUAGCCAAAGUUUCUAAGUGAAUGCACUUACAUUAAACUAGUUUUAUUAAUAUUUUGUAUACUCUAAUAUUUAUUUGUCAAUCAAGAUUACUUACAGUAAAUUUUUCAAUAAAGUUAUUAGUAUUUAAGGCUUUAUAAUUACAGGAAUAUUUCAUAACAUUAUAAAUGGAUUAUGUAACAGUCUUCUGAAUUAGCAAUUAUGCGUAUUUUGUAUUUAGUAUGGUAAUUUUAGUCUGUACGUCGUAAGGUACUCAGGUUGCCAAAUACGUUGCUUGAAUCUCGAAUGUGAUUAUUUAUUUGCAUGAUAAAGCUUGUGAGUAAACAGUGCAAUUGUUUCUUUGAA